UCUUGAAUACACACGUAACUAUUUAACAAGCACAACCUUUUAAUAUUGUAAAUAAUUGUAUAUAAAAAAGAGAAAUAAAUAAAUAUUUAUAAUAUUAAACAAAAUAUUAGUUUUUACCGAAACAUUUUUGAAAAUUUAGAAUUUUGAAGAGGUUAAGGUAAUACAUCAACAAAAAAUCAUCAACAAUGUAAACAUUGAUAUAAUAUUGAUGAAAUUUUAUUGUCAACAAAAAUUUAUUUACAUUCAAUAUUGUUAAAUUUAUCGUUUAUAAACUUUUUUAGGUAAGAUUUAAAAAUAAAUUAAAUCUGUUACGUCGUCAACCGGCGACGUAACCUGCUUCUACUUAAUGUCUAUUUACAUGUUUUGUAAAUUUUAAAUUUGUAGAACUAUACCAUUUAAAGAACCAAAAUCGAAAUUUUGAUGGCUUUUUCACAAUCAAAUUCGAGAGAAUUACAAAACAGAAAAAUUUUGGAAGAAUUGCAAUUAAAAAAACAAAUGCUUUUAAAACAAGGUGUAGCACCAACAUUGAAUACAUCAUUAGUAACUUCAACAGGUUCUCCUUCUAAUUUGCCUUCUACACAACCCUCUGAUGGUGUUGCUAUGAGUGCAUCCCAAAGAGCUGCCUUACAUAACGCACAUGCAGCAUCAUCAGGAUAUUUUGUAACACAGGAUUCCUCUUUUGGCAAUCUUAUUUUACCAGUUCUUCCUAGAUUUGACACAUUAAUCAAAAUGGCUAACAUUCAACUUCGUGAGUUAGAAGAAUAUUUACAACAGUUGGAUGGAUUUGAACCAAAAAUAUUACUUGAACAAUAUUGUACUAGUGCUCAUAUUGCAUCACGCAUGUUGUACUGUGCUGAAGUUCAAUUUAAUGAUAUAGAGGGACAUUCAGUAGGUGACUUAGGUUGUGGGUGUGGUGUUUUAUCACUUGGAGCACAGAUGCUUGGAGCAAGUCAUGUAAUUGGUUUUGAAAUAGAUUCUGAUGCACUUAAAAUUCAAUCUAAAAAUUGUAAUGAAAUAGAUUUGUUUGUGGAAGCUAUACAAUGUGAUGUAUUACAAUAUCUACCAGACCGAUUUGAGAAGUACUUUGAUACAAUUAUUAUGAAUCCACCAUUUGGUACAAAGCAUAAUACAGGUAUAGAUAUGAAAUUUUUAAAAGUUGCAACCAAAUUAGCAUCAAAUACUGUGUAUUCAUUACAUAAAACAAGUACCCGUAACUAUGUCCUUCAGAAAGCUGCACAAUAUGGAGCCAAAGGCAAAGUUAUUGCAGAACUGAGAUAUGAUUUACCAAAAGCAUAUAAGUUUCAUAAAAAAAUCUCUGUAGAUGUUCAAGUGGAUUUUAUACGAUUUGAAUUAAAUUACUAAAUAUUUUCAUGAAAAAA